AUGAGAUUAGGUCGGCGUAAAAAUAAAAAUGAGCAAGAGACAAGCCUCCUUAGAUUUUUUUGUCAAAAAAAAAUAAAGAAAAAUAAUGAUACUCAGGAUUCGACACAAUCAUUAGCAGUUAAUGAAUCAUCAUCCACUACCCAUGAACCGUCCACUAGCAAAAUAGAGGAAACGAAAUAUCCUGAACUUACUGGUAGCGCUCAAUAUUCAGGCGAAAUAGACAUUGCAGGUUAUGUGAAACAAAACAUCAUUAGUGGUUUGGAGCGGUAUAAUAUUUUGAAAAAUGCUUUUGUUCCUGAUAAACAUUUCAUUUUUCCGUACUCUGUACAUCGAAAAAAAGACAAAGAUGUAAAAUGCUAUCUGUCAUCGAACCACUUUACUGCCUUUAAUUGGCUCACGUAUUCUAGGAGUUCAGGUGGCUUAUUUUGUAGGCUCUGCGUAUUAUUUGCAAAAUAUGGUGGGGUCAACAAAUCAAAUACCCUUAAUAAAUUAGUGGUUACACCGUUACAUAAAUAUUCCAAAUUAUUUGGAAAACAUGGUGAUCUAAUGACACAUGAUUCUUCAAAAUACCAUAAAGAAGCAGUGACGGCUGGAAAUUCAUUUAUUCAUGUUUAUGAAAAUCCUAAACAUGAAAUAAGUAAUAUUCUUGAUGCUAAGCGGUUCCAAGAAGUAAAUGAAAAUAGAGAAAGGCUCAAAGCAAUUAUAAGAUCAAUAAUAUUUUGCGGGAAACAAAACAUAGCCCUGAGAGGGUGGAAGACUGAGAGUGAAUUGACCGUAUCGUCAGAGGUCAACGAAGGUAAUCUCAGAGAAUUUAUAAGACACAGAAUAGAGACUCGUGGUGACGAUUCACACUUUGAAUAA